UAGUCACGAAACUCAAUAAAUCGACAAACGAAUAAAGGGCCUUAACACGAAGAGAACGGUCCGUCAGAGUGGCCGCCACGUUGAUUUGUGGGGAUUCAAAAAUUAAAUUCUCGUUGUGUAGUAUUUACUGCUACCAGAUCUUGUGCUCACUGUUUAAGAAAAUUGAAUCCUUUGUGCGCCAUGUGAAUUUCUGAGAUAAUUCUAUAUCUCUAAAAUAAGGUGACCCUUAUUAGUUAAAAGUGAUUCAACGCUAGUCUCCGCUGAAAUGGCAUUACGAAUUGAGGCAAAUCCAAUUUCGGGAAGCUGCAUUGUAGAAAAGCUGCACGCUGAUGGAAGCAUCGCAUCUCGCCAAUCGUUUCGUAACGUCACAGCUUCAAUUUGUAGAAAUGCUUUGAAGGACGUUAUGGUGCGCAUAGAAGCUCAAAAAAUGGCAAAACUGCUUAUACUUCCUAUUGUAAGCGACAAUGUGACUAUUCAUCGAAAAUUCGUCAAAGAUGGCAAAAUGACCCUAGCUUUCAAGAAGCAGCUAAUCCGGGUGAUGUUUUCAAACUGUGCGGCCAGCACGCUGUCAACUUUCGUGAAAAUGCUUAUUAUAAAAACCACUGUAAUCACACCAGAUAGACCGAAAAUUGCCCUGCGCGAGAAACAGCUGCAACAGAAUCAAGGAAUAGAAAAUAUCUCACCCCUGCUUGUAACCCGUGGUGGUGCUUUGGUUCGUAAAGGGGGAGCCUCUCCAUUGAAAACACCGAACUCGAAACGAAUUAGAACAAUCAGUGCAAACGAUAAAGAGAACUGCGGUCCCGUAGGGCGCAUGUUACACGCGAUGCCGAUUUCUCUCUCUAAAGAACAACGCGAAGUUUUGGCUUUGGUGAAAAGUGGCGCAUCUAUAUUUUUUACUGGUUCUGCGGGAACCGGUAAGACCUUCUUGUUGAGACGAAUUAUCAGCUCACUUUCGCCCAAUUCUACGUUCGUUACCGCGAGUACCGGUAUUGCUGCCAGCCAUUUAGGAGGCUCAACAGUGCAUUCUUUUGCCGGAAUCGGCUUUGGAGGUGCAACCGUUUCUUCUUUAGCAGAAAAGACCCGUAAGAGCCCUGCAAUGACAAACUGGAAACGAUGUCGACAUCUAAUUAUUGAUGAGAUCUCACUGUUGGAUGGGACUUAUUUUGAAAAACUCGAGGCGGUGGCGCGUAUCCUUAAGAAUACUGACAAGCCGUUUGGUGGAAUUCAGGUUAUCUUAUCUGGAGAUUUCUUCCAGUUGCCACCCGUAAGUAAAACAGGGCAGAGAAAGUUUGUGUUCCAGACCAAAUGUUGGAACGACGUUAUAAACAAGAUCUACGAAUUAAAAGAAGUUCAUCGACAGAAAGACCGCCAAUUCGUCUCAAUCUUGCAGGAGAUUCGCAUGGGAAGUCUGCUCCUCAAUUUUAGGUGUUCUGACGACAGUGCCAAAACCCUAAUAAGUACUGUACUAAACAAGGUGGACGGUGAUGGAAUCCUUGCGACAAAACUGUCAACACACAACGUCGACGUAGAUGCCCUCAACGAACAGUUUUUCAGACGGCUGCCGGGAGAAACGAAGGUUUUCAAGUCCAGCGACUCUGUUGAAAGCAUGAAGAUAUUUCUAGAUAGUCAUUUGCCUAUUCAGGAUGUUUUGCGCCUGAAGGUUGGCGCCCAGGUUAUGCUAGUAAAGAAUACGAAAGUAGCUGAUGGUUUGGCUAACGGAAGUCGGGGUGUGGUAACUGGGUUCGAUAAAGUUGGACUGCCUAUAGUUAAGUUCAGGAGAGGAAUUACAACGUCGAUCGGACCUGAAAAAUGGACAAUUACUGGAUCAGGAGGUGCUUCGUUCAGUAGAAAACAGAUUCCACUCAAGCUGGCUUGGGCUAUGAGUAUACAUAAAAGUCAGGGCUUGACACUUGAUGCAGUUGAGAUCAGUUUGGCCAAGGUUUUUGAGUCGGGGCAGGCGUAUGUCGCCCUUUCGCGUGCAUCAAGCUUGCAAGGUCUUAAGGUGCUUGAUUUCAAGCCCUCAGCAGUCCGCGCCGACCCACAGGUCAUCGAAUUCUACAGUCGAAUCAGUCGAAACGGUGCCUAAGUUUGCCUGGUAAACGGACCGCUGACGAAGGGUGACAUGGGCUAAGCAAAAGCCUAAGUAAACAUUGUACGUCGUUGUGCGAGUACAAUACGGGUUGUGUCUCUCAUUGUUCGUGCAUCAUACUGACAGAACGUUUAGUAGUGUGGCCGUAUUGAGCAUACAAUUCACUGGAUUAGGAGGACAAGGACACAGGAUGGAUUACAGUCGAUUAUACAACAUAGGAAACGUAUUGGCACGGCUUCGACAAUCGAAGCAUAGAAUCAUUACAAGUUCAUAAGUCAUAUCUCCCCAUCAUGUACAUAUAUACAGGCUUAUAAAAUAAUUACUGACUGGUCUAUAUGAGAAAAACAAAUAGAAAGCGCUAAGUGAAUGAAUUAUGGGAAGCGUUCGUCUACGCUCUUGACUCUUUUCCCGUAUUACGUAUUCGCGUACUGGCAAUGAACUUCCAAGUGUGCAAAUUAUAUGGACUUAAUCAUAUAUUAGAAGGACAUUUCGACGAGAAAAUCACGUUAAAGUUUUAGGCGAAAGCUAACUAGGGAGGAAUUUUCUCCUACAUACGUGUAGAUUUACAACUUACAUGCGACAAUUAUUGCAAUUUACGUGCGACAUUUAUUAAAACUGCCGUUUUCAAUCGCUUUCACUUAGAAAUGAUGAAAAUUUAUGAAAUCCGGAGUUUCUAUGUAAUGCAACAAAAUUCACUGAUGGUUAUGUUUUGCACAAUACAUACUGUCACAAAUAAUCAUAUAAAGACGAACACUAAUAGUCAUCGCAACGGUUGCUAAUAAAAAAAAAUACUCUAUUAGCUUAUUUUUACGUGAACGUAUCUGGUUUUUACUUUGUUUUAUUUGAUUCUGCUAUCAAACAAAUUGGUACUUUAUUGUUCUCUAAGCCACUGGCAUAAUCCAAAUCCGAUCUUUGUAGAAAAGUGCAUCACAUCGUUUCACACAGUCGAUAAUUUUGCCAUUAAAGGUAAAUUGGCAUUAGUAGCCAUGAUAAACGAUACGUGAUUCGGUUCGAACCCACUAUAAGCUUGCUGCGGAACUCACUUUGGGAGACGCACCCACGGACAGAAAUUGGUUAUUAGCAAUGCUAUUCUCAUUCAGUUGUUUACAUAGAUUGUGCCGAUUAAUAAACACAGGCCACAGGGGCUACAGCAUUGCAUAUUGUUAUAGGAGCAUCGCUUUUCUAGAACAGUACGAUUAUCCUAACAUCCGAUCAAGCCAAAAAAGUUCUAUGGUCAACAGUAAAUCAUAUGAUUUAGCCACAGACGCCGGUAAGUAGUGAAACAUAGCCCUCAUAUUAUGAAUUUAUUGAAUCUGAUGAUUAUCGAAUUCGUAGCAUACAAUCAACGAGAUGAGAACGACAAGUGUUAUCGUGGGUGCUGGAAGUGACGGCG